CCCAGCCCCUGCGCCCCUCCUAGGUCGCCCCGUCUAGGCCACGCCCCUAGCCCCUCCAUCUCCUUAGGCCGGGGAGGGUUCACCUUUCCGGCCUCCUUCUCCUCGUUGCCGCCCCCGUCGGUGUCCACAGCUCCGGCUCUUGAGACCCCACCCACCUGCUCUGGCCCCGUCCCUGUCCAAGCCCCGCCCCCGCCCGCCCGGCCCGUCCAGCGCCGGGUUCCCGUCGCGCCCAGGUGCGUGCACCUGGCACUCCCGCGAAUCGAGCGCGCUGGCGCUUUCGGUCCCAGCCCUCCCCGCCUCCCCUCGCCGCGUCCCGCCCGCCUCGACGGCACGGAGGCGUCCCAGAGCAAGGGCGGUGGGCUUCCCGGCCCCGACGGCAGCGCCGCCGUGGUGGUCCAGCCGCGCCCCGACAUGCCCGAGCUGGUGGUGACCGCGCUCCUGGCGCCGUCGCGCCUCACGCUGAAGCUGCUGCGCGCCUUCAUGUGGAGCCUCGUGUACUCGGCGGCGCUGCUGGCCGCGGCCGCCUACGGCUGCGUGGCGCUCACGUCCGUGCUGUGUCGGCCCCGGCGCGGCUGCUGCGGGCGCCCCCGGCGCGCCGCCCCCGCCUGCCUGAGCGACCCCGCGCUGGGCGAGCACGGCUUCCUCAGCCUCAAGAGCUCAGGCCUGUGUCUCCACUACGUCUCCGCGGGGUGCGGCCAUGGCCCCCUCAUGCUGUUUCUGCACGGCUUCCCCGAGAACUGGUUCUCCUGGCGCUACCAGCUCCGGGAGUUCCAGAGCCACUUCCACGUCGUGGCUGUGGACCUGCGUGGGUAUGGCCCCUCGGAUGUGCCAUUAGAGGUGGACUGCUACACCACCGACCUGCUGAUGGUGGACAUCCAGGACGUCAUCCUGGGCCUUGGUUACUCCAAGUGCAUCCUGGUGGGCCACGACUGGGGUGGGAUCCUGGCCUGGAACUUCUCCAUCUACUAUCCUUCCUUGGUCGACCGGCUGAUUGUGGCCAGCGCUUCCCCCAUGUCGGUGUACCAAGACUACUCACUGCGCCAUAUCAGCCAGCUCUUCCGUUCCAACUACAUGUUCCUGUUCCAGCUUCCCUGGCUGCCUGAGAAGCUUCUGUCCAUGUCGGACUUCCAGAUCCUGAAGUCCAUCUUCACCCACCGCAAAACGGGUAUCCCGCGUCUGUCCCCCAACGAGCUCGAGGCCUUCCUCUAUGGCUUCUCGCAGCCCAAUGGCCUCGUCGGGCCCCUCAACUACUACCGAAAUCUCUUCAGGAACUUACCCCUGGAGCCGCAGGAGCUGGCCAUGCCCACACUGCUUCUCUGGGGCGAGAAGGACCCGUACCUGGAGCUGGGCCUGGUGGAGGCCAUCAGUGGCCGCUUUGUGCCCGGCCGGCUGGAGGCCCACAUCCUGCCCGGUGUCGGGCACUGGAUCCCCCAGAGCAACCCUGAGGAGAUGCACCAGUACAUGUGGGCCUUCUUGCAAGACCUGCUGGGCUAGAGGCCUCCACCCUCCAGCCUGCUCAAACACACAGGCACACAGGCGCCCAGGAACUCACACCCGCUGCGUGCAAGCACCCGGGAGUGCACGCAACGCAUGCCCGUGGAAGCAUGCCAGGAUGGUGUGCACUUGGGCCUGCCUGCAAGCCCUUUGGGUCCCAGGCACCGAGUGUCCCCUCUCUCCCCUCCCUGGGGCCCCACCCUUCUCCUGGCCAAAGUCAUCUUCGUCAUUGUCCCCUGACCACACAAACCAUAACCUCUGACCUUCCAGGUCUCUCUUCCUGGAUUCCAUCUCCAGUCUGGAUCUUCUGCCAAUCUCUGCACUGGCCAAAACAGUGGCCGCCAGCUGCACCUGGCUACUUCGACUGAAAUGUGAAUUGACUAAAAUUAAAUGAAGUUUAACGUCCAGUU